CUGACUUUUAUCUUUUUCCUAAGUCAAAGGAGUAUCUCAGAGGAAAACGUUAUGCAGAUGACGAUGAAGUUCAAGAAGAUGUGCAUCGCUGGUUCAGAGGAAAUCCACGUGAAUUUUUCGCCGACGGCAUGCGACAACUUAUUCGACGUUGGCGGAUCUGCAUCGACAAAGAAGGCGACUAUGUUGGAAAGUAAAGGUAAAGUUUGCGAAGUUGUCUACCCGCCUUGCGGUCCACCAAUUGACUGUUCAGCACUCCGGAAGCAGGAUCCUGGGGCAAAAUGCCCCGAAGUCCAGUGUGAGCCAAUCCGCACCUGUAUUGAACAAAAGCCCGUGAUCUCCUGUGCCACUGUGCGUUGUGCUACAGAGACAACAUGUCAGAUGGUCGCACCUCCCUGCGUCGGAGGAGAGCUUUGUGAACCAUCACGACCUGAAUGUAUACCUAUCUGUACUAAGAAAUGCCGCCAAGGUUUCAAGUGCGAAAGUAGUCAACCCCCGUGCCCGGCACCUGUUGCGUGCCUGGAUAGUGAAUCCCUCAGCUGCACAACACCUACGUGUCCCUAUUUCCAAAGAUGCACUGACCUCAGACCAAAGACCUGUGACAAGUUGCAGUGUUCUGGCGGAAAAGAAUGUCAGAUGAUCACAGACACUUGUGGUCGCCGUAGGCUCUGUCGUAAGAAGCCGAAGGCAGAGUGUGUUCCUGUCUGCAACAAGAAAUGUGGACGCAACCGCGAAUGUAAACUCACUUCAAGAUGCCCACUUGACGGUAGCAAGUGUAAGCACACGCAGAAGUGCAAGCGUAAACCAGGAAUUUGUCCAAAAUGCCGGCCCGGUAAGGAGUGUGCCUUGCGCCAACCAAGAUGCGCAAGAGGACGGAAGUGCAAGGCACGUUUUGUUUGCGUCCGUAGCCGAGGGAAAUGUCCUCGUCCCCCAACCAAGAAGCCUGGCAAAAAUUCCUACAUUUGUAAGAGAGAGCGUAGACGAUCUCAUCAGUGUGUUAAUGACAGCCACUGUAGAACAAAUCAGAAAUGCUGUACCUCGAAGUGCGGUCGCAAGAUCUGCAUGAGACCAAAGAGACGUUAAAUUUAUGUCAUAAAUGUUGCUGGAAACAAAAAUACUUUUUUGUUGGGUAUAGGUACAAGUGCCAUGUUUAAAAUGGGCUCUUAACAUCAGAAGGUGACAUUCCAUUAGGCUUUCUUAUCCUUAAAGGGCGCAGAUAUUAUAUCAGCCUUAAAACUCAUUCUCUUUGUUUGAGGUUGUAGGUCCUGUGGGUUUUUCUUCUUUUUUGGGGGGGUCUGUUUUUUUACGUCGGGUGCAGAUAUUUACGACACAAAGGCUGUGUCAUUGCUCUUACUUUUCUUGUUAAAGUGAUCUUGAUCUCACGGAUGUUUAUUUCUCAGUUAUUUUUAUCUAGCCAGCAAUUAUAAUUCUAUACUCCCUCCUUCCCCCUGUAACUGUUCUAUCUUGCUGUUUCUAGUUCUGACGGUUUCAGUAAUAUAUUAUAUUUUGUCAAUCCAUUUGUCCACCAAUGAGGUUCUCUGCCUUUGUUCGAGUCUUUACAGAUGUUGCCUGAUUUCGCAAAAAAUUACCCUCUUGUGGCUUAAAAAACGGGGAAGUGUUCUCAUAAAAUGUGUUAUCAAAAUAGAAAUCUUACCCUUUGAAGUCAGCUCUUGUAAGUUAACUUUUCUUUUUACCCUACUUUGAAGCUUGCCCUUUGCUGAAAGUUUUUCAAAGAUAACUAGCUGAUCCUCACAAAACAGAAAGUACAAAGUGAUUUUGGGAAACAAUUUUCAAAAAUAAACUUGGUCUGUUGCACGUUACAAAUUGACUUGAGUGAUGUCUAUUUUCUAUGAAAUCUCAGGCUCAUCCAUCUUUUAGUUUCUAUGCAGGCCGAGAAGCUAACCUAAGGUUUGGUGCAGAUGUAGCGCCCCUAUAAAAACUGUAGUAAGUUAAAAAAAAGUGGUGUUCUUCGAUAAAAGUGAUUUUGCCUGUCCCUCAAGGAUCCGAAAACUUAUCUUUGAAAUAAUCAUGUAGUAUCUCUCAGUUUAAAACAAGCAAAGACACACACACGCAGAAACAUAAACACACUCACACACACACACACACACACACACACACACACACA